AUGCAGCAGGAUUUGGGGAGCGAGUGGGCUGCAGGCACCGUGCAGGAGAGCGGGCUGGUGCCCGUGAGCAGCAGCAGGGCUGAGAGGAGACGUGCCGAGCCAAGCACUGGCACUGUCAAGGGUUUCGUGGAAGAGCUGAUGUUUAAGGAGAACAAGAAGAAAGGCUGCUUCAGCACCCUGCCGAGGAACCCGGGCUGCCCCACGGAGAGGAUCUUCUGGGCCACGCUCAGCCAGUGCCCGAGAGAGGCGUAUGCGGUGGGGCCGGGCUCCUACAACCCAAAUCCCAUUGGGAGAUCCACAUAUUCCAGCCAAUUCCAACCCCCAUUCUGGUCAUCUGCCAAGAGGUUCGACAGAAGGUCCUACCACCUCUUUACUGGCAACGAGCAGCAUCAGCAGCACAUUGCAAAACUAGUGCAGAACCCUGUAGGUGUUGGUCGCUACGACAUCACUGAGCAUGAAAAAUACCCUCAGAAGACGAGAUGCCAGUCCCUGUACUGGUGUGAUGCGCAGCGGUACCUCAGCAACUUGAAGCGGGAUGCCUGCUUGCUCGAGCGGCUCAAGCCUGUUGCUAAAAACAACUGGAGUGAUUUGAUUUUUGCUCCACGUUGUCCAGACACCUCUGACGAAGUCACUGCCGUUUUCCAAACAUAA